AUUGAGAGGAGAAAUUUAGAGACCAUUCAGGUUUUGAUUGAAGAAAAAAAAGAUUCCCAUUUUAUCAUCUUUUUAGUUUUUAGUGUCAACUCUCCAACAAAAGCAAAAACCUUAAAGAAUUUUGUUCUUUUUUUAAAGCAAAAGAACCAAACAUGGUUUCACAUGAAUCCCAAUUUCAUUGCAAAGCAUAACUAAAAAUAAAGAAGAAGACUUUUUGGAGAUCGAAUCUGUUCAUGUUGAUGGGUUUUGGCUGAGCUUUCUAGAGAUAGAGCUAGAGAGUACUGGGUCUGUGUAAAGUUGAUAACUUUUUUUGGUUUAGAGAGAGAAAGGACAGAGCUUUACAGAGAUGGAGAUGAAGCAGAUGAAGUUUCUUACUCACCAAGCUUUCUUUUCCUCUGUUCGAUCAGGAGAUCUUAGUCAACUUCAACAGUUAGUUGACAAUUUAACCGGAGAUGAGCUAAUCGAUGAGUCAUCGCCGUGUUCUGCUGUGGCUGAGCUUAUGUCUGUGCAAAACGACGCCGGAGAGACCGCCGUCUAUAUCUCCGCCGCAGAGAAUCUUGAAGACAUUUUUCGUUACUUGAUUAGGUUUUCUAGUUUGGAAACAGUUAAGAUCAGAUCCAAAUCCGACAUGAACGCUUUUCAUGUCGCUGCCAAGCGAGGUCACUUGGGAAUUGUGAAGGAGUUACUGAGACUAUGGCCAGAGCUUUGCAGAAUCUGCGACGCUUCCAACACGAGUCCGCUUUACGCAGCUGCGGUUCAAGAUCACUUAGAAAUAGUAAAUGCAAUGCUUGAUGUUGAUCCUAGCUGUGCAAUGAUUGUGAGAAAGAACGGGAAAACAUCUUUGCACACUGCGGGAAGGUACGGGCUUCUUCGGAUAGUGAAAGCUCUCAUAGAGAAAGACGCAGCGAUUGUUGGUGUUAAAGAUAAGAAAGGUCAGACUGCUCUUCACAUGGCUGUUAAAGGACGAAGUUUGGAAGUAGUCGAAGAGAUUUUGCAGGCUGAUUACACAAUAUUGAAUGAGAGAGAUCGAAAAGGGAACACUGCUUUGCAUAUUGCUACUCGAAAGGCGCGGCCACAGAUAACGAGCUUAUUGCUGACCUUUACGGCGAUUGAAGUGAAUGCGAUUAACAACCAGAAAGAAACUGCUAUGGAUUUGGCGGAUAAGCUGCAAUAUAGCGAAUCUGCUUUGGAGAUCAAUGAGGCUUUGGUAGAAGCUGGGGCUAAGCAUGGGAGGUUCAUUGGUCGAGAAGAUGAGGCGAGAGCAUUGAAGCGAGCAGUGAGUGAUAUCAAACACGAGGUGCAAUCGCAGCUUUUGCAGAAUGAGAAAACCAACCGUCGUGUCUCUGGGAUCGCGAAAGAGCUGAGGAAACUCCACAGAGAAGCGGUUCAGAACACGACUAACUCCAUAACGGUAGUGGCGGUUCUGUUUGCUUCCAUAGCGUUCUUGGCCAUAUUCAACUUGCCGGGUCAGUAUUUCACGGAGGGGUCGCAUGUGGGACAAGCCAAUAUUGCAGGGAGAACCGGAUUCCGCGUGUUCUGUCUUUUAAACGCGACAUCUCUGUUUAUAUCGUUAGCGGUUGUGGUAGUUCAAAUAACUUUGGUGGCGUGGGACACACGGGCGCAGAAGAAAGUUGUGUCUGUAGUGAAUAAGCUAAUGUGGGCAGCUUGUGCUUGCACAUUCGGAGCAUUUUUGGCGAUUGCAUUUGCGGUUGUUGGAAAGGGGAACUCGUGGAUGGCGAUUACCAUAACGUUGCUUGGAGCACCGAUCUUGGUAGGGACAUUGGCAAGUAUGUGUUAUUUCGUGUUUCGGCAGCGGUUUAGGAGCGGCAACGAUUCACAGAGAAGGAUUAGGAGAGGGAGUAGUAAGUCGUUUUCAUGGUCUUACUCUCAUCAUGUAUCCGAUUUUGAAGAUGAAUCAGAUUUCGAGAAGAUUAUUGCUCUUUGAAUUAAGUUUCUUAAGCGUCUUUGUAUAGAUCGUCUCUUCUCUUUGCCUUUCUUCCAACGCAAGUCUGUGUUGUAUUCUUAGAAUAAAUCUUGUUGGUACAUAUUAGUAUCAUAUAUAGCAAUAAAGUCGCCACAGGCCAUAUCUGUAUUGUUUCUUUUGUUCUACUACUGGAAGUGGUUAGUAUAUGUACAAUUCAUUCGAGUACUAGUGAAGUGUAAUGUCUCUUAUUAGCAAACAUUGUAUAAGAUGUAAAUCAUUGUGAGAUGAGGAAAAUGUAAAAAGGAGCAUCAUUUGACAUAAAAUAUCCAAUAAGUGACCUCUACAAACUCAUGUGGUUUUCCAGUUAUAAAAAAACAACACAAAACCACAUGAUCACUUCUUUUUCUUACAUCUCCACAUAAGGUAAAAAUAUAAAAAGCUCCAAACAAUGAAACAAAUUCAAAGAAACGAGAAACCCCCAAAAAAACAAUAUAAAGGUAGACUGAGGGACUGAAGAAGAAUCUCUCGUAAAUAAAAAAAACCCGACAGAGAGAAAGAGAUGAUGGACACGACCGUAGCUUUUCCACAAGUUCCGUCGAAACUUGAAGAGUUACUAAAAAAGAGAGAUAUACAAUUUUACAGGAGACAAAAGGGAUCGGUGGUGUCCACACAAAGAAGAUGAAGAUGAUGAUUGUCGGGGAUGGAAUAUUAUUUAUUAUUUAUGAUUACCAGGUAGGUUAAAGCUGUAAUUGACCAGGGCCUUUUCUUGAAGUUCUUGAUGGAGGUCUAUUGUUAUCUGCAACUGAUGAUGAUGUCGAAGAAGGUGGUGGUCGUUGUUGUUGUUGUUGUUGCUGUUGUUGU